CUGGCGAUGCCUCGUCCCGCUGGAGGCGGAGCUUGCGCUCCCAUUCCCGCGGCUUAGUGCGUCAAUCUCAGGGAGUCUUGCCUGGGCAACAUGGUUCGGAAGCGUGCGGCCGGUAGGGAGCCGCAGGGACGUGAACCGUGCGGCCGGAAGGCCAAGGGCAAGAGCACGGCCCGGCGUGAGGAGAAGGAGGCGGAUGUCUUGCAAGAUGAGAAACCUCUAAAGAGGAGCCUUCUCUCCAAAGUCUCACGAGAAACCAGGAAGAGAGGUUGCAGUGAUCCCGGGGGCCCCGCACACAGUCCAGCCAAAAGGAAGGCGGCCAAGGUGACUGUUAAAUCUGAAAAUGCCGAGGUGAAGGAUGAAGCUCUCAGCGAUGGGGAGGACUUCAGGGACUUUGCAAGUGCCCCCAAGAAGGCACACCAUCCAAAGAGAGAGGCUGCUGUGGACAAAGGCAGCUGUGAAGGAGACGAGGAGGAAGAAAGUGACGAUGAUUGGGAAGAGGUAGAAGAACUUAGUGAGCCUGUGCCGAGCGAUGCAGGAGAAAAUGCAGCCUUCUCUAAAUCUGUCCUGCCUGUGAAGCCAGUGGAGAUAGAAAUUGAAACACCCCAGCAGGCAAAAGCCAGAGAAAGAAGUGAAAGGAUAAAAAUGGAGUUUGAGACAUAUCUUCGGAGGAUGAUGAACCGUUUCAGUAAAGAAGUCCGUGAGGACACACACAAGGUUCACCUGUUGUGCCUGCUGGCAAAUGGUUUCUAUCGCAGUAACAUCUGCAGCCAGCCAGAUCUGCUUGCCAUCGGCCUGUCCAUCAUCCCAGCUCGCUUUACCAAAGUGCCACCUCAGAACGUGGAUGCCUGCUACCUGUCGAACCUGGUGAAAUGGUUCAUUGGAACAUUUACAGUUAAUGCAGACCUUUCAACCAACGAGCAAGAUGGCCUACAGACCACAUUGGAAAGGAGAUUUGCUAUUUACUCUGCGCGGGAUGAUGAAGAGUUGGUCCACAUAUUUUUACUGAUUCUCCGGGCCCUGCAGCUCCCCACCCGACUGGUAUUGUCUCUGCAGCCGGUUCCUCUGAAGUUACCUACAGCAAAGGGAAAGAAAGCUUCCAAGGAGAGAUCUACAGAGGGUCCCGGAGGCUCCUUGGAAACUUCCAGCCCAGUUCCGGAAAACCAAGCUAAACCCAAGAGCGGCAAGGGGACCGGACAAGAGAGCACUCCUGCGGGCACUGGCAGUCCGAGCGCCAGAGGGAAGAGGAGCAAGGCAGCCGUGGUUGGGAAGAAACGGCGUGGGCCCUCCUCCAGUGAGGAAGAGGAGCGCAAGGCGGGGGGGCAGGAGGAGGGCCCCCGGAGACGUCGGCAGGGCCGGGAGCGGCAGGUGGCCUCCAGGGUGUCAUACAAAGAGGAGAGUGGGAGUGAGAGGGGCAGCAGUGGCUCUGACUUCGAGCCGUCCAGUGGGGAAGCCCGUCAUUCAUCCGAUGAGGAUUCUGAGCCUGGCCUUCCCAGGCAGAGUAGGGCCCCGGGCCCCCAGAGGACAAAGGCAGGGUCUAAGAGUGACUCCAGGACCCACCGUGGAAGGCACCCUAGGCGCUCUGGCUUUCCGGCAGCGUCCACGAGCUCUUCGAGCAGUAAGAGCAAGCAAGGCAAGAAAAUCUCCAGUGAUGGUGAGGGGGCACAGAGAGGGGCAGCGGCCGGCAGAGACCAGUGGCUGGAGGUGUUCUGUGAGCAGGAGGAAAAGUGGGUGUGUGUGGACUGUGUGCACGGUGUGGUGGGCCAGGCCGUGGCCUGUUACAAGUACGCCACCAAGCCCAUGACCUACGUGGUGGGCAUCGACGGUGACGGCUGGGUCCGGGAUGUCACCCAGAGGUACGACCCAGCCUGGAUGACCACAACCCGCAAGUGCCGAGUUGAUGCCAAGUGGUGGGCUGAAACCUUGAGACCGUAUCAGAGCCCGUUGGUGGAGAGGGAGAGGAAGGAGGACUCAGAGUUUCAGGCAAAGCACCUGGGCCAGCCUUUGCCAACGGUCAUUGGCACGUAUAAGAACCACCCUCUGUACGCCCUGAAGAGGCAUCUCCUGAAAUACGAGGCCAUCUACCCCGAGACAGCCGCCAUUCUGGGGUAUUGUCGAGGAGAGGCUGUCUACUCCAGGGAUUGCGUGCAUACCCUGCACUCCCGGGACACGUGGCUGAAACAAGCGAGAGUGGUGAGGCUGGGAGAAGUGCCCUACAAGAUGGUGAAGGGCUAUUCCAACCGGGCCCGGAAAGCCCGCCUCGCUGAGCCCCAGCUGCAGGACCAAAAUGACCUGGGUCUGUUUGGCAGGUGGCAGACGGAGGAGUACCAGCCCCCUGUGGCUGUGGACGGCAAGGUCCCCCGGAAUGAAUUUGGGAACGUGUACCUCUUCCUGCCCAGCAUGAUGCCUGUCGGCUGUGUCCAGCUGAACCUGCCCAACCUGCACCGCAUAGCCCGCAAGCUGGACAUUGACUGUGUCCAGGCCAUCACUGGCUUCGACUUCCAUAAAGGCUACUCCCAUCCCAUAACUGACGGCUACAUUGUCUGUGAGGAAUACAAAGACGUGCUCCUGGCUGCCUGGGAAAAUGAGCAGGCACUCAUCGAAAAGAAGGAGAAGGAGAAAAGGGAGAAGCGGGCCCUUGGGAACUGGAAGCUGUUGGUCAAAGGACUGCUCAUCAGGGAGAGGCUGAAGAUUCGCUACGGGGACAAGAGCGAGGCCGUCGCUGCUCAGGCACAUGCGGGAGGUGGACUCUCUUCUGAUGAAGAGGAGGGGACCAGCUCUCAAGCAGAAGCAUCCAGGAUCCUGGCUGCCUCCUGGCCCCAAAACCGAGAGGCUGAAGAGGAGCAGAAGCCACAGUGCCCCAAGAAGACCAAAAGGGAAAAGAAAGCGGCAGCCUCCCACCUGUUCCCAUUUGAGAAGCUGUGAUGGGGGUGGCCACCUGUCGUACCCUGUGCCCCACAGGCCCCACACCUGCCCUGGGAGCUGCCCGGGCCCCAGGGGUGGUGCUGUCUCCUCUGAGAAGGCACAGAAGCAGAUGGGGGCAGGGGAUAGACGGUCAAGCUCAGGUGGUCUGGUCUAGCCCCCGUCCUCGUCAGAUUCACCCCGGGUAGGGCUUCCCACGCUUUCGGCUCCCCCGCCCUAUGCUCUGAGCUCCGGAGCACUUCCCUGGAGACUCACCCACCUAGACGUUGCUCAUCGCAUCUUUGGAAACGCGAGUCAGUUCUUUUAUAGAAACCACUGGGCAAUUUAGGAAGACACCGGUCCUUUCUUCCAGGUGGAUCCUUCAUCUGUCAGACCCUCGUGCGUGCUUUUCCCUCUCUUGCAGACCUGGGGCCCUCUCUCUGCGGGCCACUCACUUUCCUUCAGGGUUACUACCACUGCCUAAUGCCGCCCCUCCAUGGUGUGGGAGAGAGCAGAAGCAAACGCCCUCAUCUCAGAUUAUGGGAUUGUCGGGAUAUGCUUUUCAAAGUAACAGUUCAGGGUGGCAGACGACUGGAACAAAGAGUUGAAAUCAGGAAAGAAAAGGAAAACACUGAGAGUUAAAUGUUAGUGAACGUGGAUCAGUGUUAAACUAGAUUUUAUUCAUUACGGGAUAAAUUUAUAAAAGCUCUAUGCAUUGUAGAUAUUCAAGAGAAGUAACUUUUGUAACAUUUUGAGGAAAAAAUAAAGCAUUUAUCUAAAAAGACC